AUGCCGCAGCCCGCCGAGGAGCUCCGUCCAGAGCCCAUCCUCGCGGUGCCCACACCCAAGAACGUCCGGGACUCACUCUUUGCCGCCGCCACGCACGGCGACGCGGACCAGCUUCGGCUCUUGAUCCAAGCGGGCGCUCUGACUGCCCCACGACCAGUUCGGUAUUUGAGCGGCCCCAACGAGCUCUUUACGCGCGAGCCUACACCGCUGCUCCUCGCCAUCAUGCACAAUAAAAGGAGGUGCGCCGAGCUGCUGGUUGAGGCGACAGCGACAGCGGACCUCGACGCCCGGUGCGGCCCCGAUCUCGAGACGGCGCUGCACGUGAGCUGCGCCCGGGGCCACGCGGAGACGCUCGCACGCGACUCGGGCAACCGGGAGCUGCACCAGUGGAUCGCAGCCUCGUACCGCUACCUCCCGCUGCACCACGUGCGCGUCCUCACGCCGCAGCGCGCCGUCGAGCUGCUGCGGGCGGGCUGCUCGCCCCACGCCCGCCCGGCCCCGUCCCGUCCCGAGGGGUCCGCCACCCCGCCCGAGGGCUCGCCCGGGGCGGUCUCGCCGUCGGCUCUGCCACCCUCCGAGGCUAGCUCCGAGGCGGAGGCGUGCCUGUCGCCCGCCGAACUCGCGCGUCAGCACGUGGACGACCCGCGCGUCCCCGCCGCCAAGAUCAUCCUGCGCGCGGCGGAGCCGUGGUCGCCCGACACGCACCACCUCUGGGGCGCGAGGCAGCGCGGGCACGCCGUGCAGCUGUGCUUGGUCGGCUACCAGCUGGCGGACCUCCUCGCCGCCGCCGCCCCCCAGCAGGCCCAGCAGGGCGCCUUUGUCGACGUGUGGCUCGCGUACGUGAUGCCGCUCGCGGUGAGCUGGUCGAGCUGCCAGGCGUGCGCCCGGCCGCAGCAGGAGCUGCCAAAGAGGAGCCCGCCCCUCAAGCCCUCGCCGGCGCCGCGCAGCGUGUCGCCCCUCAGCCUGCCCACGCCUCUCGGGCGCGCCGAGGAGGAGGUGGCCGCGGCCUUCCAAGGGCUGGCUUGCUAA